UAAGUCGCUUAUGACUCAUCGCGCUGCUGCCAUCCUCGUCGUAUCUGUCAAAGAGGCGGCGCAUCCCUUCGCUCCAGUCGGACGCCCCACGAGCCCGCUAUCCAUCCAGGAACGAGGAGAUGUCACCAAUUCCUCCUCUCCCCUUUCUCCUCCUCUUCCUCCUCGUCUCAGCCAUUUCCGCUGCCAGUCAUGAAGACGCCACGAGGCGGACCAUGGAGGAGUUCUCCGGGUACCCGAUUCAUUCCCACCCUUCCGUCCUCUCUCUUUCCCCGUCGUCCCUCUCGGUGGAUGCGGUGGGCUUGCAGAGGCAGAUAGAUGAAUUGGCAGCCUUUUCGGAUACACCUAAGCCAUCGGUGACUCGCAUUUUGUACAGUGAGAAGGAUGUGCUUGCUAGAAGCUACAUAAAGAGCCUGAUGAAAGAAGCUGCUUUAUCUGUACGCGAGGAUGCUGUGGGCAACAUUUUUGGUAGAUGGAAUGGUUACGAGGCAGGACUUCCAGCUGUUGCUACUGGUUCUCACAUUGAUGCAAUUCCAUUUUCUGGAAAAUAUGAUGGAGUGGUUGGUGUUUUGGGUGCACUGGAAGCAAUAAAUACACUGAAAAGAUCCAAUUUCCAACCAAGGAGAUCCCUGGAAGUUAUUAUGUUCACCUCCGAGGAACCUACACGUUUUGGAAUUAGCUGCUUGGGAAGCCGAUUAUUGGCUGGGAGUGAGGCAGCUACAGAUGCACUUAAACAAGCAGUUGAUGGUCAAAACAUCUCUUUCUUUGAUGCUGCAAAAAGUGCUGGCUAUAAUAUAUGUCAAGAAGACUUGCCAAAUGUAUCGUUGACAAAAGAGAGCUAUUCUGCUUUUCUGGAAUUGCACAUAGAGCAAGGGCCAAUUCUGGAAGAAGAAGGUGUUUCAAUUGGCAUUGUUACUGCAAUUGCUGCUCCUGCAAGUAUCAAGGUAGACUUUGAAGGAAAUGGAGGUCAUGCUGGAGCUGUCCUAAUGCCAGCAAGAAAUGAUGCAGGAUUGGCAGCAGCAGAGUUGGCUCUCGCUGUUGAGAAACAUGUUCUAGCAUCUGGAUCCAUCGAUACUGUUGGUACUGUAGGUAUUCUGGAGCUGCACCCUGGAGCUAUCAAUAGCAUUCCGAGCAGAUCACAUCUAGAGAUUGACACACGAGACAUUGAUGAAAAGCGAAGGAAUACUGUGAUUGAGAAAAUUCAACAUUCUGCUUCUAAAAUUGCUACGGAUCGAGGAGUUAAACUAUCACAGUUCACAGUAGUUAAUCAGGAUCCACCUGCGCUUUGUGAUGAAUCAAUAAUCGAUGCAAUGGAAGCUGCUUCACGACAACUGAACCUCAGUCAUAAAUUAAUGAUUAGUAGAGCCUACCAUGAUUCUCUCUUCAUGGCCAGAAUAUCUCCCAUGGGCAUGAUCUUCAUUCCAUGCUACAAAGGUUACAGCCAUAAGCCUGAAGAGUAUGCAUCAAUGGAGGACAUUGCAAACGGAGUGAAGGUAUUAGCUCUUACCCUAGCAAAACUAUCCCUAGACUGAACCUUCUACAGAACACCUUCACAGAAGACAACUUGUAUAGUGCAGCAUUGAUGUAAAGACCGAAUUUAACGAGUCUGUCGUGUAUGCUGCCAUGCUUACCGAACCAUGUUAUUGUCCACUAAAUUUGGAGAACACAGUUACAUGCAUCCAAUUGGCAUGUUAAUGCUUGUUGGUUGCGUGCAAGAACUCUGAAAAAACUCGACGGAUAUCUAUGGAUUUCUUCUGGAACAAAUCUUAUGAGAUACUAGAAUUAUUUGAGGCCA